UCUGUCGAAAAUGGAGAUGUAUUUCGUAAAUUAUCGCGUGUCAUGGGCGUCAACAUAAAAUUUGUGGAUCUAACGUAUUUUGCCCGAAAUGAAGAUCGAACUCAGAAACAAAUUUUAAAGGGUUUAAGUGGUGAAUUUCGUGCUGGAGAAUUGUCAGCCAUCAUUGGACCAUCUGGAUGUGGAAAAACAACGCUUAUUAAUCUGUUGGCGGGAUAUAGAAUCAAGCGUAAAUCGGAUAAUAUUUUCAUAGACGAUCGACCACUAAAUCGUGGGAAAUUUCGUAAAAUAUCACGUUAUGUCUUACAAGAUGAUUAUAUUUCACCACAUUUCACGGUUGUCGAAACAAUGAUGAUGGCAUCGAAAUUCAAAUUGAAUCCCUGCUGUAAUCGAGAACAACGUUAUGUCACCAUUUCGACGCUGUUGGAAUUUUUCGGUCUACAGGAGCAGUCCAACACUAGGAUAGCAAAUUUAUCAGGUGGUGAACUGAAACGGGUGUGCAUUGCAGUGGAAUUAAUAAAUAAACCGGUGGUGAUAUUUCUCGAUGAACCAACAACAGGCCUAGAUGAAUCAACAGCCUAUCAGUGCCUGUUGCAGUUGAAGAAGUUGGCCCAAAGUGGCCACACUGUCAUUUGUACCCUUCAUUCGCCAUCAUUCCGUUUGCUGCAAUUAAUUGACAAUAUUUACACCAUGGCCGAGGGACAAUGUGUCUAUCAGGGUGCCGUUCAAAAUAUAGUUCAAUAUUUGGAAUUAUUUGGUUUGAAAUGUCCGAUUAAUUAUAAUCCGGCUGAUUUUCUCAUUGAAGCUACCACUCAUGCCUAUGGUAAUAUUCACGAUCAAAUGGUAAAAGCCGUAGAUAAUGGUAAAAUACUCAAAUGGCAGCCAAUACGUGAGAAAAAUCUGCCGAAUACUCCAACCGAAAAUGGCUGUGUGAAAUUAACAUUACCUGCGUCAAAUCUGGAACCGGAAUCCGAUAUGGAAUUAAAGGAAUGCGUUAAAAUUUCAUGGUGGCUACAGUAUAAAUGGCUGUUGCAAAGAAUAUUAAUAAAUAUAUGCAGAGAUAAGAUCAACAUUAGUUUAAGGGUAUUUGCUCAUCUAUUCCUAGCAGCAUUGGUUGGUGUGGCGUACAUUGGUGUCGGCCGGGAUGCCUAUUUUGGAAUGUACAACUAUCACUUCAGCAUGUUAUCGGUGGUGGUAUGUGUCUUUACAGCAAUGAGUCCAGUUAUUGCAUCAACUGGUCCGGAAAUGAAAUAUCUGCAGAGGCAAAUCUAUAAUCAAUGGUAUUGUUUAAGUUCAUAUUUUAUGGCUCUGAUAACAUCGCAUGUGGUUACCGUUAUGGUUAUGUCCGUAUCAGCCUCGGCUAUUCUCUAUUUCACCACCUAUCAGCCGAUGCAAUUAUUUCGUUUUGUAUUAUUCACGGGAAUAAUAUUUCUCACGUCGAUGGUGGCUUCCAGUUGGGGUUUACUAUUUGGAGCUAGAAUGAAGCUUGAGCACGCCUUCUUCUUAGGUCCCGCCUCCAUUGCGGUAUUUAUUAUUCUCGCCAACUAUGCCACCGAACGUGAUCAUUUGAAUAUAUUUCAAAAAAUUAAAGUAACAACGGAGACCUUCGAUGCUGGUGUCGUGUUGCAGCUGAUGCUCAUCGAAUAUGACGAAGAGGAUGCCUUGGAUACCAAUGUGACAGAUGAUGGGAAUGAGUGUCGGCCAGUGUUUGCCCUGUCCGUUGCUGCCGAGGGAGGUAUUCGUGCCAAUGAUCCUAAUGCUGUAUUCAUGGUCGAUCAUGCCUGGACAUUAAGAACAAAUAAGUUGGAACAAUAUGACCAUUUGCUGAAUGGCAUGCGAAAAUCUGGAAAUAUGCCCAAGUUUAUACACUGA